AUGAGCCGAAAUAGACCUGAGGUUGUCGACCUGACAACGAGAACACCGCGGCAAAAUCCUAUCUCUUUAUCCUCCUCCCCGCUUGCCGCAUCGGCCCACGCAUCCUCUUCUCAGCAAGCAUCCUCUUCUCAGCAAGCAUCCUCUUCUCAGCAAGCAUCCUCUUCUCAGCAGGCAUCCUCUUCCCGACAUGGACAGUCGGAUACUCCCCGCGGUGUCAAGCGUCGCCGUAAUUGGAGCGACGAGCACGGCGAUUCCAUCGCGUCCCCUUCGACUCCCUCCGAAGACGAGCCCAUUGAAACGAUCGACAUGACUGACGACUCGGCUGCGGCUGCACUCGCUCGAACAGUGGCCAAACAGAGGGAGGAUGCCAUCAAAGCGCAGGCAUUGGCAGAUAGCAACUCGAACCUCUCCGCUCUACUCGCUUACAAAUGUCCUAUCUGUAUGGAGACGCCUGUGGACGCAACGAGCACAUCAUGUGGCCACCUCUUUUGUCAUAAGUGCAUAAUCGACUGCUUGAAGAUGAGCGAACAAACACGCGCUGGUGAUUCUUCGAAACAACAUAAGGGUACUUGCCCGGUGUGUCGCACACCGAUUUCGCGCAAGGAGACGCCUGGAAAGCCUAGGAAUCUCAUUCCGCUGUUGUUUCAAACGAGGAAGCGAGGUGAUCUUCUCGUAUCUGGUCAAUAG